AUGCGGGGGCAUGGGUGGGUGAAGGAAGGCGCAAAGGUAGAGGGGGUCCUACCGAGGGAGGAGCUAGAGGCCACCACGACAGAUGGACCAGCCCGGUCCUGCCCCUUCAUUUUACUGUCGGGGGUGGCGAGGAAGAACAGGAGGAGUAGAAGGCAGAGCCACAGCCGCGCGGCCGUGCAGGUGCAGGCGGCCAUCCGCCGCGCCCCCGAGCGCUGCAACGCGCCGCGGAACGCCCGGCUGCUCCGAGGUCGCCCCCGGCCUUAUGCACCCAGCCCGCCGCCGCCGCUGCUGGGAGCCCGGCUGCUCCAGCUUCUCCGGAUCUCAGCAAACCCCGGGGGGCAGUCUCCGCGGCCAGGUUCUCAGCGCCGCGUGUGGCGAGCGGGCUCAGGGGCUGCGCUGCCGGAGCGCUCAGAGCCGGGCAGAGAGGCACCCCUGGGCUCCGUCCCAAUACCAAGGGUGGACCUACAGACGGAGGAGGCCCUGCCUUCACCAAAGGAGCCUGCAUCCUUGCCCAGCUCAGUGGACAGCAGCGUCUAUCUGCAGACACCACUGCACAUGACGAUUGCCUAUAAUCAUCCAGAUGUGGUGUCUGUCAUCCUGGAGCAAAAAGCUAAUGCUCUUCAUGCCACCAACAACCUGCAAAUUAUUCCAGACUUCAGCCUCAAGGAUUCCCGAGACCAAACUGUGCUGGGCCUGGCAUUAGGGACGGGCGUGCACACAAUCGCAGCCCAGCUGCUGGGCUCCGGGGCUUGCAUCAGCGGCACCAUGUCAGACGGGCAGACCUUGCUGCACAUGGCCAUGCAGCGGCAGGAGAGCAAGAACGCGCUCUUUCUCCUGGAGCACCAGGUGGACAUAAACGUCAGGACUCAGGAUGGGGAGACGGCUCUUCAGCUGGCCAUCAGAAAUCAGCUUCCCCUUGUCGCAGAUGCCAUAUGCACCCAAGGAGCUGACACGUCUGUGCCAGAUGAGAAGGGGAACCCCCGACUGUGGCUCACGCUGGCAAAUAAUCUGGAGGACGUCGCAUCCACUCUGGUCAGACAUGGUUGUGAUGCCACGUGCUGGGGCCCAGGGCCUAGUGGGUGCCUUCAGGCACUGCUGCACAGAGCCAUGGAUGAAAACAACGAGUCCAUCGCCUGCUUUCUUAUUCGCAGUGGCUGCGAUGUGAAUAGUCCCAGACAACCUGGUGCUAAUGGAGAAGGAGAGGAAGAGGCCAGAGAUGGGCAGACCCCCUUGCAUUUGGCAGCCUCCUGGGGGCUGCAAGAGAUGAUACAGUGUCUUCUGGAGUUUGGUGCCCCUGUAACUGUGCAGGAUACAGAAGGAAGAGCGCCUGCCCACGUGGCCGUCAGCAACCAACACGGCGUCAUCAUUCAGCUGCUGGUUUCCUACCCUGACAUCCACCUGCAUGUCCGAGACAGGCAGGGCCUGACCCCCUGUGCCUGUGCCGUGACCUACAAGAACAACAAGGGCGAGGCCAUCCUGAGACGAGAGUCCGGGGCUGCCGAGGAGGUGGAUAACAAGGGCCGGAAUUUUCUUCACGUGGCAGUUCAGAACUCUGAUAGCGAAAGUGUGCUGUUCCUGAUCGGUGUUCAGGCUAACGUGAAUUCCAGAGUCCAGGAUGCUUCCAAGUGGACCCCUUUGCACCUUGCUGUCCAUGCAGGCUCAGAAAUUAAUAUAAAUAUCAUCCCUGUGGUCACUAGUGUUGAGUAG